GUUAAGCUCGGCUACCGCGGAGAGCCCAAGGUAGCCAAUGAUGGAUUUUGAUGAGCGUGGUCCCUGCUCCUCUAACAUGUAUUUGCCAAGUUGUACUUACUACGUCUCCGGUCCAGAUUUCUCCAGCCUCCCUUCUUUUCUGCCCCAGACCCCGUCUUCGCGCCCAAUGACAUACUCCUACUCUUCCAACCUGCCCCAGGUCCAACCCGUGCGCGAGGUGACCUUCCGCGAGUACGCCAUUGAGCCCGCCACUAAAUGGCACCCCCGCGGCAACCUGGCGCACUGCUACGCCGCCGAGGAGCUCGCGCACAGAGACUGCCUGCAGGCGCCCAGCGCGGCCGGCGUGCCUGGCGACGUGCUGGCCAAGAGCUCGGCCAACGUCUACCACCACCCCACCCCCGCCGUCUCGUCCAAUUUCUAUAGCACCGUGGGCAGGAACGGCGUCCUGCCGCAGGCUUUCGACCAGUUUUUCGAGACGGCCUACGGCACCACGGAAAACCUCGCCUCCUCCGACUACCCCGGGGACAAGAGCGCCGAGAAGGGGCCCCCGGCGGCCGCGGCGACCUCCGCGGCGGCGGCGGCCGCGGCCACGGGCGCGCCGGCAACUUCAAGUUCGGACGGCGGCGGCGGCGCCGGCGGCGGCUGCCGGGAGGCGGCGGCGGCGGCGGCGGCGGCGGCGGAGGAGAAGGAGCGGCGGCGGCGCCCCGAGAGCAGCAGCAGCCCCGAGUCGUCUUCCGGCCACACUGAGGACAAGGCCGGCGGCCCCAGUGGCCAGCGCACCCGAAAAAAGCGCUGCCCCUACACCAAGUACCAGAUCCGGGAGCUGGAGCGCGAGUUCUUCUUCAGCGUGUACAUCAACAAAGAGAAGCGCCUGCAGCUCUCCCGCAUGCUCAACCUCACCGACCGGCAGGUCAAAAUCUGGUUUCAGAACAGAAGGAUGAAGGAGAAAAAAAUUAACAGAGACCGGUUACAGUAUUACUCGGCCAACCCACUCCUCUAAGGUUCCCGCCAGCUGGAAUCGGGUUGGGGGGCUUCAUACACGGGAGAUUAUAUGCAGAUUUUGCCCUUGACAAGGUCAAGGCACACCACGCGGUGACUUUGGAAGAGAGGAGGUGUGCAAGAGAGGGGCCACUACAGGGAGAUAGCCUCAAAGGAGGCGGCCCGGGACUCUCUUGGGCAUCCGUGGUUAAGAUCCCUGACAAUAAUUGGAUUCAGAGAAUUGUGCAUCAACUAGGAUGAAUGGUUUGGGACCCCUGGUGGUUCAUUCUUGGAGACUGCGGGAGCUUCAGGCUGGGUGUGGUCUCCACCAGGGACUGGGCCCCGUGCCAGGCCCCCUGGGGAUCGACCCCCACCCCCACCCAGGA